UCCUCCGCGCCGCGCCAGGUUGGGUCCCCAUGUGACCAGCUUAAACUCGUUCUGAAGACACAAAGGGAAGGAGGAGAGAGAGCAAAGAGAGAGAGAGAGAGGGAGGGAGAUCGAGAGAUUGAGAGCCGGAGCCGGGUUAGCGGGGCAGGCGGUGGAGCGGAGCCCGCGGGGAAGGAGCAGCCAGGAGCAGCCGGGAGACUCGUCCAGGCGUCCAUCCAGAAUGCAGGUCCGUGGGCUAUUUCUCCUUUUGGUUCUGGUUCUUCUGGUUGCAUUUUCCGAGGCUGGCAAGAAUAAAAAAGACAAGGUGAAGAAAAAUGGCUCAGAUUGUGAGGAAUGGCGCUGGGGCCCCUGUGUCCCCAACAGCAAAGACUGUGGCGUUGGCUUCCGUGAGGGGACUUGUAAUGAAGAGACCAAGAAACUGAAGUGCAAGAUCCCCUGCAACUGGAAGAAGGAAUUUGGAGCGGAUUGCAAGUACAAGUUUGAAAGCUGGGGUGGCUGCGAUUCUGCAACUGGUCUAAAGGCCCGUUCAGGCACUCUGAAGAAGGCUCUGUACAAUGCUGAGUGUCAGGAAACUAUUCAAGUGACUAAGCCUUGCUCUCCUAAGACCAAGUCAAAAUCCAAAGCCAGAAAAGGAAAGGGGAAGGACUAGAAGGAUGGAUACAGCCCCGCCAUCUUCAGGGCAUGGUGCUUGAACCCACUUGGACACACACCACUUGGAGCUGCAGCGUGGCGCCUCCCAGCUCGGCAAUGUUCUGCCAAAUCCCACUAUUCUUCUGCCUCCACAACUUUGCCCUUAACUGAGAUACCAUUUCUAAUCACUAGUUUUGUAGAGAAGCAACCCCACCCUCUUUUGAUGAAGGUGCUAUUGGCCUUCCCUUUGCCUUCUCCACUCUCUCUGAAUCUGCCACCCCCC